UUUAGGUUAUAUCAUUAGCAAAUUAGAUAUGUAAACAAUACGGUAUUAGUUUGUAUUUGUUUUGCAAUUUAAAACGUGUCUAUAAAAAAUAAAAAUUAAUUAAUUUUUCAUAAUUAAAAUGGAAGCUCGUUAUAAGGUCGAUGCAAACGUUUUGAAACAAUUAAUAGAAAAUUCCGAUGAAAUUUUAUUGUUCGAGAACUUUAUAAAAUGCGAUUUGAUUAAUUGGAAGCUGAAAGAUUGGAAAAAUGUGUUUGGAAAUUUAAAUUUAGAUUGUCGUGUCGGUUUUAAUUAUUGUACUCGAAAACCACAAUUUGAGACAAUCACAAAAAGAGAAACGUUAACUUUUGAACAGUUUUUGGAAAAGGCAAAUAGUGAAGAUGAUAAAUGGUUUUAUUACGAUUAUAAACAUUUGAAUGAAAAUUUAAAUGAAAAUGUUCAUUUAAUGAACAACAUAAAUUGGAAAGUUUUCGGUUUUCCCGAAAUAAACUAUGAAAAAUCGACGUUUUGGUUCGGCUCAAAGAAUUCACACACCUCUUUGCAUCAAGACUCUUACGGAUAUAAUUUAAUUUUGCAAAUUUACGGAAAGAAAAUGUGGAUUUUGUUUCCGAAAGAAGAAGACUUGAAAUCGACAAGAAUCCCGUACGAAGAAUCCAGUAUUUAUUCGAAAUUAAAUUUUUUCAGUCCGGAUUUAAAUGAGCCUGGCUUCAAAGGAGUGAAAAAUUGUUCGAGAAUAAUAUUGAAACCGGGAGAUGUUCUGUUCGUGCCGAAGAAAACUUGGCAUUAUGUAGAAAAUUUGGAAACCUCGAUUUCCAUCAACACUUGGAUCUCAUGUGAAAGUGACGAAAACGAACGUUUCAACGAAUCGAUUGUACAACUUUUAAUGAAAACUAUAAGUCAAAAUUUAAAUGAAGACCAAAAACAUCGGAUAAUUAAUCCCAACAAUUUAUAUGUAAAUUACGACGUUGUGAACGAUUUAACGUUCGAAUCCUGUUUGCAAACUAUGAAUUAUUGUAAGGAAAAAUGUGAAAGGUACCAACCUUCAACUAGCAAUGAAGAAAUGGCUGAAUUUGAUGUUGACGCUGUUUUAAGUAAAUACGAAUUUAUUAAAAAACCUAACGUUUUAACGAACGAAGAAUUUACCAUGUUUUUAACGGAACAACGCGAAAAACGCGUAAAAAUUGAGAACGCGGAUGAUGCAGGAAACGAUGAAGAUGAUUAUUUAACAGCAACGAAGAAUUUAAUAGAUUCGGUAGUAAACAGUCAAGUUGUUGAUUUGAUCAAAGACAAAUUGUUGAACUGUUACUGAUUAUAAGUAAAAUUGAUUUUUGUUCUUCAA